AUGUCCGUUGUACAGACGCUCGACGCUCGCUACAUUGACGGAGAGAAGCUGCUCAGGCUCUUGCUUAGCCUCUUCGGCAGCAGGAACUUUACCGUGGAGCACGCGAAUGACAACUAUACGUUGACAACUCCAAGAUCGUUGACUACAGCGCAUUCGAACGGCAUUCUCAUGGAUGAUGGAGGUCCGCUGCCUUAUAGCUCCAGCUCAAGUACAAUAUCAAAACACGGCCCAGCAUCCGUUGGGAAUGCAGAGCCUCUUCUGAAUCUUGAUGAGUGCUAUUUUCCAGGUCCGUUUCAAGACAUGAAUGGUGAUAAUUUUCCAGCGGACUGGAGGCCCUACAUAGAUUCUGUGUCAUCCAAGUCCUACGAUCAUGUCGAUCUGCUCGACAAGUGUCUGCAGCUCGACUCGGAAGCCCCCCGCAUCUUCUCCGGCAAUGACGAAAUGAAGGUGUGGACGAGGGAUGCAGAAGGCAAAAGAACCACGUCCUCCAUCAACGACACCUUGUCAAGCUCAGCGGAUGUUGUGUAUAUAAUCCAUCAAAGGCACUCGUGGAGCCCCCUAGACACAUCGCUAUCUGAGUACCAGAGGCUUCUUGUGUCCCAUGGGGUUUCCCCUGUCUUCAUUGAUGCGAUCCAGGCGUUUGGCUCCAAGGUCACCGGAGAGGACGACCCGUACUUCAACCUUCAUAGUCUUCGAGCCAGCGAGAAAGGGGCGGGCUACGAAGUCUGUUAUAUCCUCCGGACAUAUGAGAGGCAUGGAAGACAAAACCUCCAAGAUCCGUGGUCGCUACGCCAGAUGUCGGUGUACCACCAGUUCGACAGCACCAAUAAUCGUUCCGUUUGGAUCUUGGUGCAACCGUUCGCCAGGAGCAAGUCUGUGUUUCUGAGUCGCUGCUUCGACGCCACCUUGCGCCAGACGCCCGAGAUGCUACAUUCCGUGUUCAUCCACGGAGCAUUGGCGAGCUGGCGUUGGUAUCUGGAUGACCGACGGAGGCUUAUAAAUGGUUACAGAGAGAAGGCCGAGUUCUCACACGUUGGGCCGAAACAGAAAGACUACCCUUCUGAAUUCACCGACUGUAAAAAGCUGAAUCAGGUGGCCUCCUCGCUCCUACUCGGGAAGGAGAUCCUCACUUCAUAUGAGCAGGUUGUGCUCAUGUUACGUUCGCAGCACUUGGUCCAAAAGGGGAUCAUGCUAGAACACAUCCGAUGCAUCAGGGCGCGGGCUAGAGCUGCAUCGGUGCUCCGGGAAAUGGCAGAGAAGACAUCAGGCUUGCGUGUAGCUGUUGAGCUUGCUGGAAUACAGGAAAUCGGUUGCCUUGACCGCCCAGGCCCUGGCUUUGGCGGCUUUGACACGGGACUCCAAUUCUCAGACCCAGCAAAUGAAGAAUAUGGCCCUUCAGUCACGAACCGAGAUGCGGUCAACCAAGAUUAUGACAUAUAUUGCCACGCUGUAUUUACCAGUAACUCUUAUUGCUUCGCUGUUCUCCUCGGACCUGGUUCAGAUUCCAAGAAGAAUAUCUGA